AAGUCAAACUGAAGUAAACAGAGAUUCUGACCGCUGAGCACAUGAACAAGCCUCUGCCAAAAAACACAAACGGAGAACUGAGCUGAGGACUCGCUACGGAGGGAGCGGACCAAAUAAGAAAAACAAAAACAUAUUGAUAUGUCAACAACAGCCACCAUGGGUGAAAUGGCAAAUAGUGCAGUGGAGUUUUAUCCCAAAGGGACUCGAGGUGGGGGUGGGGGGGCAGAUGGCAGCCAUGCGUGGGGAGAUUUUGGGGUUACGGUGAAGGAGCUCAGAGAGCUGAUGGAGGUCAGAGGGGCUGAGGCCCUGCAGAAGAUCCAGGACAGCUAUGGAGACACAGAUGGGCUUUGCCAGAGAUUACAGUCCAACACCACUGACGGACUUAGUGGUGACCCAGCAGAUCUGGAGCGUCGGUGCCAGGCGUACGGACAGAACUUUAUUCCUCCAAAGAAGCCGAAGACUUUCCUGGAGCUUGUGUGGGAGGCCUUGCAGGAUGUGACGCUCAUCAUCCUUGAGAUCGCCGCCAUCAUCUCCCUUGCCCUCUCCUUGUACCAGCCUCCUGGAGAUGAAACUGAAUCAUGUGGGAACGUGUCGUCAGGUGCUCACGACGAAGGUGAGGCAGAAGCUGGCUGGAUCGAGGGUGCAGCCAUCCUGCUGUCUGUUGUGUGUGUUGUCUUAGUCACGGCGUUUAAUGACUGGUCCAAAGAAAAGCAGUUCCGAGGUCUGCAAAGCCGGAUUGAGCAAGAACAGAAAUUCACUGUUGUCCGGAAAGGAAAUGUUAUCCAGAUCCCCGUAGCCGACAUGGUGGUGGGGGACAUGGCCCAGGUCAAAUAUGGGGACCUGCUGCCAGCAGAUGGUAUCUUGGUCCAGGGCAACGAUUUGAAAAUAGAUGAAAGCUCACUCACAGGAGAGUCUGACCAUGUACGGAAGUCUGUGGAUAAGGACCCCAUGCUGCUCUCAGGUACCCAUGUGAUGGAAGGCUCAGGCAGGAUGCUGGUGACGGCUGUAGGUGUCAACUCACAGACUGGCAUCAUCUUCACCCUGCUGGGUGCUGGAGAAGUGGAGGAGGAUGGAAAGGAGAAGAAGGGUAAGCAAAAGAAAAGAAGCAGAGAUGGGGAUUUUGGUACCACUGAAGAAAAGCAUCAUGACAUCAUCAUAUGCAAACAGCCCGAUGGAGCUGUGGAGAACAAUCAGAACAAAGCCAAAAAACAGGAUGGGGGUGUUGCCAUGGAGAUGCAGCCCCUGAAGAGUGCAGAGGGAGGUGAGGUGGAGGACAGAGAGAAGAAGAAGACCAGUGUCCCUAAGAAAGAGAAGAGUGUCUUACAGGGUAAACUCACCAAACUGGCUGUGCAAAUUGGAAAAGCAGGUUUGGUGAUGUCGGCCAUUACUGUCAUCAUUCUGGUGCUGUCCUUUGUCAUUGAAACAUUUGUCAUUGACGGUCGUGUGUGGGUGGCAGAGUGUACGCCGGUCUACAUCCAGUAUUUUGUUAAAUUCUUCAUCAUUGGAGUCACGGUGCUGGUGGUUGCUGUCCCAGAGGGCUUACCUCUCGCCGUCACCAUCUCUCUGGCUUACUCUGUCAAGAAAAUGAUGAAAGACAACAACCUUGUUCGCCACCUGGAUGCGUGUGAGACAAUGGGCAAUGCCACAGCCAUCUGCUCAGACAAAACCGGCACCCUGACCACCAACCGAAUGACUGUGGUUCAGACGUAUAUUGGUGAUGUGCACCACCGUGUGAUCCCAGACCCUGGACAGAUCAAUCCCCGGACCAUGAAUCUAUUAGUCAAUGCUAUCGCUAUUAACAGCGCCUACACCUCUAAGAUCAUGCCACCUGACGUGGAGGGGGGUUUAGCUAAGCAAGUGGGCAACAAGACUGAGUGCGGCCUGCUGGGAUUUGUGUUAGACCUACAGCAGGACUACGCCCCCGUCAGAGAGCAGAUCCCUGAGGAGAGACUCCAUAAGGUAUACACAUUCAACUCAGUCCGUAAAUCCAUGAGUACGGUGAUCAAACUGCCUGAUGGCUCCUUCCGACUCUACAGUAAGGGAGCAUCUGAGAUUAUGCUAAAAAAGUGUUCUUAUGUCCUCGAUGCCAAUGCUGAACCUCGGACUUUCCGUCCACGUGACAGAGAUGAGAUGGUGAAACAGGUGAUAGAACCAAUGGCUUGUGAGGGUUUGAGGACCAUCUGCAUUGCAUUCCGUGAUCUGCCGUGUAACCCAGAGCCAGACUGGGACAACGAAGCAGAAAUAGUGACCGAGCUGACCUGCAUCACUGUGGUUGGAAUAGAGGACCCUGUCCGGCCUGAGGUUCCUGAUGCCAUCCGUAAGUGCCAGCGUGCAGGCAUCACGGUGCGGAUGGUGACCGGAGAUAACAUUAACACAGCCAGGGCCAUUGCUGCCAAGUGUGGUAUCAUCCACCCCGGGGACGACUUUAUCUGUCUGGAGGGCAAAGACUUCAACAGACGAAUCAGGAAUGAGAAAGGAGAGAUUGAACAGGAACGUAUUGACAAGAUCUGGCCCAAACUCCGUGUGCUGGCUCGCUCCUCUCCGACUGAUAAACACACGCUGGUCAAAGGUAUCAUUGACAGCAGCGUUGUGGAACAAAGGCAGGUUGUCGCAGUAACAGGAGAUGGAACCAAUGAUGGCCCGGCGCUGAAGAAGGCUGACGUCGGCUUUGCUAUGGGUAUUGCGGGGACCGACGUGGCUAAAGAGGCAUCUGACAUUAUCCUGACCGAUGACAACUUCAGCAGCAUCGUCAAAGCGGUGAUGUGGGGACGAAAUGUCUACGACAGCAUCUCCAAGUUUCUGCAGUUCCAACUUACAGUCAACGUAGUGGCUGUCAUAGUGGCCUUCACCGGGGCAUGUAUCACUCAGGACUCUCCUCUGAAGGCCGUACAGAUGUUAUGGGUGAAUCUGAUAAUGGACACGUUUGCUUCACUGGCCCUGGCCACUGAGCCUCCCACUGAGGCUCUGUUGCUACGGAAACCCUACGGUCGAAACAACCCACUCAUCUCUCUCACCAUGAUGAAGAACAUCCUGGGCCACGGAGUAUACCAGCUGGUCAUCAUCUUCACUUUGUUGUUCAUAGGCGAGCGCAUGUUCAAUAUUGACAGUGGCCGCGAUGCUCCACUCCACUCCCCCCCAUCGGAGCACUACACCAUCAUCUUCAACACCUUCGUCCUCAUGCAGCUUUUCAACGAAAUUAACGCUCGCAAGAUCCAUGGAGAGAGAAAUGUGUUUGACGGUAUAUUUUCCAACCCGAUCUUCUGCUCCAUUGUUCUUGGGACCUUAGCUGUGCAGAUUGUGAUUGUACAGUGGGGAGGGAAGCCCUUCAGCUGCGCCCCUCUCAGCGUGGAACAGUGGCUGUGGUGUCUGUUCGUGGGAGUUGGAGAGCUGCUAUGGGGGCAGGUGAUCGCCACAGUGCCCACAGAGCGGUUGCCAUGCCUAAAAGAGGCGGGGCUGGGUCUGGAGCCUGGCGAGGAGGAAGGGGAAGAGUUGGCAGAGGACGAGGAGGAGAUUGACUGUGCGGAGAGAGAGCUGCGUCGUGGACAGAUUCUCUGGUUCAGAGGUCUGAACCGCAUCCAGACCCAGAUGGAGGUAGUGAGCACAUUCAAGCGAAGCGGUUCAUUUCAGGGAGCGGUGAGACGGCGCUCCUCUGUGCUCAGUCAGCUCCACGACAUGCGAGUGGUGAAAGCAUUCCGUAGUUCGCUGUAUGAGGGCCGGGAGAAACCAGAAUCCCGCAACUCCAUCCAUAACUUCAUGGCCCACCCAGAGUUCCUCAUCAACGACCUCAUCCACAACAUCCCGCUGAUCGACGACACCGAUGUGGAUGACGAAUCAGAGCUCAGCAGAUACCAGCACCUGCACCCGGCCCUCCGAAAGCCGCCACCCCCUCCCGCCCAGCCCCCGGCCCGUGUCCGUCCCACCCGCCCUUACCGCCAGCACAGCCUCCCGGUGACCCCCAGCAACAAAAACAACAACAACAACAGCAGCAGCAGCAUUUCAGUAGUAACUAAUGGCAACAGGAACAGCACGAAUGCAGAAACCCUGAUCAACCGAAGUCCCCAUCACCAACACAUUCAUAACCACCAUGGCAGGGACAGGCUGGUGAAAGCGGCUCCUCACAUGUCUCAUCUCUACUGUGUGGAGACCUCUUUAUAACUGAGCUUAAAGUGGGUUGGGGGUCUUGGGGGGAGGCGAAGACACAAGGGAGCAGAGGAGAGGGCUGAGGACACAUAUGACAUUUUCUCCAUAUCAGAUCUCCCCGUAAAACAAGCAGAAUGGAGUGAACGUACGAGGGUGGGACAGUAGGGAGUGGACAGUGGCCAAAGACUUCUGCUCGUAGCUCCCUGAGGACACUGAGACUUUCCCUCCCUUUGCUCUUGCCCUCUCAGUCUGACCUCCUAAAACUAAGGCCCCACCCUCAAACCCACCACCCCGUCUACCACCUUCCCCCCCUGAGGAACCCACCUGCCCCUGCCUGUUUUCAUGCACACUCGUCACAUGCAGAGUUCUGCAUUUGCUGCACUGUCAGGAGCAGAGGUGGGUUGGGGAGGGACAGUGAAGGACACAGUUGGAUCUAAAAGCUAUACAUCUCGCCAUGCUUUGACAGAAGGGGGCCAUGCAGCUGUGGGGGCCAAAUCACUCCAUUUCUGUGGGUGUCCAACAUUAGAGUCGCUGUUAUUCCCCGCCCACACAUACACCUACCUGCCAUGACAUCACAGUCACAUCACUGUCUCUGUCACUUUAAAAGCACCACUUUGCUUGUGAUACGAGUAACGCUUUGUUAAAGCUUUAACUAGAGUUCAGCCAUACCUAUGCUCCGAUUCAUUUGUCAACAUAACUGUGCUCAUUUAUUUCCUAUAAAUUCUUUUGCUUCUUUUACUGCUGC